GCCGCCGUCAAUGUGUUUAUAUUAUAAGUCGGAUCGCUUAUCAUGCCGGCAGAGCGCUACCUACUUACCGCAGCGCCAUCGAUAGGAAAACAGAAAAAACUGCUUUUGGAGGUUUUGUUAUCAUUCUUAUAAUUUUUUUAAUUUAAAAGUCGUAAUAUUCAGAAAGGCAUGCACUGAAUAUUCACAACCAAGUAACUUGAAAACAAAGGUAUUCUCAUUGAAUCAAUUGUCGAGUUCGCCAAAAAUAAGGUAGCCGUUUUCGGGAGUUGCGACCUUCUGUAUUCUCUACAUCGUGGGUUGUUUAUGAUGCAAUUUCAGCGUUUACCGGCAUUCGCGUUGAAAAUAUCCAACCAGGCGGGAAGGUUUGUGUGCACAAGUAGUAGCAGAGCGAAAUCAUUUCGUAAAAUGUAUCAGGAGGUUUUCACGCCGAAUCUUGUCAACAAACCUCCAUAUGAACAUUUCGUUCAAGUUGGGGAUCCAAUCUUGCGCACAAAGGCAGCAGAAGUGCCCGAGGAACUCGUCAACAGUAAAGAAGUUAAUCUCAUUGCCGAAAAGAUGGUGAAGGUGUUACGAAAGUUCGAUUGCGUUGGCGUUGCAGCACCUCAGAUCGGAGUAUCGUUGCGUAUUAUUGUAAUGGAGUUUAGCGAAGGGCUCAAAGAUCACUUUUCAAAAUCUAUUUACGAAGCAAGAAAGAUGUGUACGCUUCCAUUAACAGUUUUAAUAAAUCCCGUUUUGAGCGUAACUAACUAUGACAAGCACAAACACCAUGAAGGUUGUAUGAGUGUUCGCGGUUUUUCCGCUGAAGUGGAACGCUAUGAUUCCAUUUUAAUAAAGGGGACAACCCUAGAAGGAGUAGAAAAAGAAAUGCAGUUAAGUGGUUGGAAUGCAAGGAUUGCGCAACAUGAGAUGGACCACUUAGACGGCAAGUUGUACAUCGACCACAUGGAUCGUGCAACAUUUACAUGCACUUGUUGGGAAACUGUCAAUACCAAAGGCGGCCGUGUAGAAAUACCAUUUUAUAAAUAGCAAAUUUAACACGUUGAGUGCCAUGUGAGUCCAGGUUGGUCUCACAGUGCGAAGAGACUUUCAGGCCUCGUGGUGACACUUGGUCUCGCGGUAUAAUGUGUGAGAUUUCGGUUUGUGCUGAUGCAGCUGCUUCAUAGAGGCUAUUAGUAGUAGUGUAUUCACGCCAUACUAGAGCCAUUGCAUUGUUUAUGCUGCUUGGCCUAUGGGUAUGAGACCAAUGUGGCAUCAUAUGGCCCAUUCAAAAAUUCAAAUAUUCUAUUGUAUUAUGUAAAAAAAAAAUCGUGGCCGGACGAACCCCAUUUUUUUGUUGUAUGGUGGCACUCAACGUGUUAAGUUAUUUUUAUUCUCUAGUCUUCGCUCUAAAGUGGAAAGAUUUUUCUAAAAUCUGUAAUGUAAAAAAUGUUAAUUAAAUUUAUAAAUAUACAUAUAUACAUACUUAAA